AUGCAAGCGCGUGGUACACCGGUUCCACCGAUCAAGGGUAUACCCAUUCUCUUGUUCGCAGGCGAAAAAGUGAGCGAAGAAGACGAUGCCUUUGUUCACUGGGUGCAAUAUGUGCGUCGCCUCAGCCACAUUUUUGCUCUAAGGGCUAGUGCCAGUGUGGAUGACGUGCGUCUUGAACGCAAGCUUCAGUAUGAUUAUGCCAAGCUUAAGGCCAGAGGCCAAUUGCGCAAGCGCACGCGCUAUGCUUCGGCUACUAAGUUAGCCGCGAGUGCUGGUCAGUCUGUGGCCAACAACCCGCCAACCCGCACCACUAGUGGUGGGUAA